GGCACCACCUCGGAAGCAUUGGAGACGACAAGUCACUGAAGUCAAAUCAUCGACAUGUCUUUGUCCGGAUCAGCAUCUUCAGACUACUCAUCCGACGAGUCUUCCGAAGACAUCGGGUUUUACAUGUCCGGAACGUCCGGAUCCGAAGAAAAUUAUAUUGUAACGCAAUCGACACCAUCGCCCAGGGUGCAUCAAGAUGAACCCUUGGAGACGAGGAAUCGAUCCAUCCCGACUGCGGAAAACGUCAUAUCUUCAUCCCUUAUAGAUCUGCCCGAUAUACCAGAAGUUGAUUUAUCUGAGUCGACAACUGACGAGGACGUAUCCGUUGCUCCUGUAACCUUAUCUAAGAAUGGCACUAUGAAUGGAAAUGAUAAGGUGAAGGAUAUAAAAAAAGGGAAAACGGAUGCUGCAGGAGCGGUGAAGUCCAGGAAACGUCGUCUGUCCACUGACAGUGAAUCAGACUAA